AUGAUCUCCGUGCUACAUAAGGACGAGUGGUUAUGCCCAGGUAAGUUCAAUAAAGCCGUCAUGCUUUCAUGGAAAUCAAGGACCUGGGCCACCCAUGCUUGCUUCAUAUGCCUCGUCAUCUUCAACCAAGUCGAGCCUUGCACCGCCGCACCGCAAUCGUUGCCUGUACACGAUUUCCCCGACCGUUCUGUCACCAGCUCCUCCAAGGCGGGUCUGGCCUGGCCAAAUGGUCAGUCUGUCGACAUUACGCAAUAUCAGACAACAGGCAAAGUGUCCUGGUAUUAUUCCUGGGGGCCGAGCCCUACGAACACGAAGCUUGAGUUCGUCCCAAUGUUGUGGGGUCAAUCCCAAGUCGACCAGUUUUCCACGACCAUCAACAAUACCAUCGAAGCCGGUGGUAUAACUGCAGUCCUUGGCAUGAACGAGCCACAGGAGGCAGGCCAAUCAAAUCUAACACCAGAAGAAGGGGCAGCAAUGUGGAAAACGUAUCUCGAGCCAUUGCGUUCGCGGGGAGUUCGACUGGGCAGUCCUGCGCCUUCCAGCGCACCGUCAGGGAAGACUUGGAUCCAGGACUUCCUGACCAUUUGCGAUGGUGGCUGCACCAUUGACUUCAUAGCCCUGCACUAUUACGACGUAAACGCGACUGCAAUGAUCGAAUAUCUGGAAGAUUUCCGCAAUACGUUCCAACGUCCCAUCUGGGUCACAGAAUGGGCCUGCCAGAACUACAACGGCGGUAGCCAAUGUUCCAUGGACGACAUUGAGUUGUUCCUCAACAAGACGCAGUCGUUCAUGGACCAAUCGGACUUCGUAGAACGCUAUGCGUGGUUUGGUGCGAUGGAAAAUAUGCAAGGCGUCAAUUCCAAAGAUGCGCUGAUGACCUCGAAGGGCAAAAUCAACGACCUGGGCAAGCAAUACAUCGGAGAAAGUAGCCCCGACACCAACGGCAGCGGCGGUGCUGACGGUCCGUCGGUUUCCGCUGCGCCCACGACGGCGACGGCGCCGAUCCCGCUCGCAGUGCUAUUCGCUGGCACUGCUGCGAUCAUCGCCCAACUCGCUCGAUGA